UAGCCCUUAAUGUACGCUGCCAUCCCCUUGCAUGUCACGUUGUUGGCACGGUUCUCCUUAACUUUGUAUUUUUUGCAUAGUUGCUUUUGUUGUGGGAUAUCGAUUUGUUAGUGUUUUCAUGCUAUUUUUAGCAGCUGAAGUGCUUAACGUUUUCUAAGAAAAAGUGCUCGUGCACCGAGAAAUAUAUGCAUGCAAAUGCAUGUAUGUAGGUACAUUUGUGAAUGGUCUACGUUAUGACUAUUUUUUGUGCUUCAACAAUCGAUGUAUCGCGAUGACGGCUAUUCUUCCCUGUUUAUAGCAAGGAUCAAGACGCUACCACAAGUGACUAUCAAAGCUUUGAAUGUAACUUCCCAUUUGAAUGGAAAUAAAGUAGAAUUAGUUAUUUGAAUUCAGUUUAAAACAUACUAAAAUAGACCAAAAUGCUUUUAUAUCGGCUUCAGGCAGUGAUUUGGUUAUUUAGUGGAGUCAUUGGUCUUCAUGCAUAUCCAACAAUCAAUUUACCACUUUUAUUCG